CCACACUAGGACGAACAUUGUUGUCGAACAUGUUCGUUGAGAAUAUUUCCUGGCUCGACGAACCAAUGCUACUGUACUUUAAAAUGUUUGACAACAAUUUUCGUUCAAAAUACACAAAGAUUUACCGCCUUUUAAAUUGGCAACUUAAAGAUUUCGCAUUCGUAUUAUUUAUUUCAUUUUAGUAGGAACCUACAUCUAGUGCGGAGUGAACAAAUUGCCAAUUUAAAAAAAAAAAAAUCCGUUUUAAUUUUUUUUUCAAUAUGAGUGACGAAGAUAUAAUUAUUGCAAGUGCAGCGUUUGUUUUUACAUCCUUAGUUUCUCAAGCAAAAAAAAAAAAAUCUUUUCAUAAAAGACGUUGUUGGCAACGUACAAUUUUUGAAAGUAGAAGUCGUUAUAAUGGCAAUGAUCUACUAAAUGAUUUAAGUCUUGAGCAUCCAGGAUUCAAAAACUUUAUAAGAAUGUCGCCAACAGAUUUUGAAUCAUUGCUUGAAGUUAUUGGUCCUCAAAUUGGGAAGGAUAUUACUCAUCUAAGAGAAACUAUUUCACCAAAUGUGAGGCUGGCGGUAACAUUACGUUUUUUGGCUACUGGUGAUUCGUAUACAAGUUUAAUGUAUCUUUUUAAAAUUUCCAAACAAUUAAUAUCUAAUAUAGUACCAGAAGUGUGUGAAGCUAUUGUUGAAGCGCUAAAAUCAUACGUUCAGGUAAAUAUUAAAUACUUAAACGCGAGCGGUAGCAAAAAUCCGUCGUAUAACUUUUAA